AUGACGAAGAAGCAAGCACUCGCUGGCCAAGAGCCCCGCAAGCGUCGUGUUCACACCAAAUCUCGACAGGGCUGCCGUAAUUGCAAGAUCCGCCGUGUCAAAUGUGACGAGACCCAUCCGCGAUGCAGAAAAUGCCUCGAAUAUGGCGUCAGCUGCAACUAUCCAGCCCAAAGUCAGGGUCAAGGCCAAACACCAGAUCUAUUGACCUGGCAAUCCAACGAACCCGAAAACAACGGAGCAUGCCAGAUAAUUUUCAACACAAAUCCAAUCUCAAAAGCCCUCUUACCACCAAUUACAGUAGGAAAUGGCCCUGAUUCAUUCUCACUUGACCUCGAAAGCCAAGCGCGCCUACAUCGCUUCCAGACGCAGGUUCUGCCUACUAUUGGUACAGCGAAGAUGGCAGCAUUAUACCAAGAAUUUGUUAUUCCGUUAUCACUACCGCAUCCAUUCCUCAUGCACACAAUCCUAGGCGUAACAGCAACACAUGACCGUCUAUCUCUUGCAAUCGUAUCCCAACCAAUAACGCCCCAAGAAUCUCACCACCAGAAACACGCAGCCAAAACCCUAAUCAAAAAGCUCUCGGAGACAAUCAACCCCCAAGACCGCGACGCCCUCUGGGCAACAGCAGCUUUACUGGGAAUAGCAAGCCUGGCAUCCAUUGAACCGACAACACCCGCAGAAACAUGGCCAUUAAAACGAAGCACAUCCAUACCCCCCGCCCCAUCAGAUCCAGAUCUCCAAUGGAUGAACCUCACAAAAGGCAAAGAAGCAAUCUGGAACCUAACCAACCCCCUCCGCCCAGACUCCGUCUUCCACGUCCUAAAAGAAGAAUACCAAAUCCUAGGAGCCGAUCCAGGAAUCUGCGAGCUAUCCGAAAUACAAAGUGAAUUCGUGCACGUCUUCAACCUGAGCAAUAAUUCCAGAAUUACUCCCAACAUAAGCCCUACCCACAACUCCCCUCCCAAUCCAUCCCAUCCAGUCCACAAUCCCUAUCUAAAAGCAAUAUCCAUCCUCACCCGUCUACGCGGACGCGAGUGCAAGGAGGGCGCUAUACCGCGGGAUCUGGCGUUUAUUGGGUUUAUGGAGGGGUCGUUUAGGGGCUUGUUGCAGGUGAAGGAUGUGCGUGCUUUGCUUAUUCUGGCGUAUUGGUAUGCGCCGCUUUGUGGGAGUGUGUGGUUUAUUGCUAGACGGGCUUGGUUGGAGUGUCGGGCUAUUUGCUUGUAUUUGGGUAUAGUUUGUGAGGACGAGAACGUUCUUGCGUUGUUACAGGGGCCCAGGGAGAUGUGUGGGUUGGAUUGA